UUAGGUCAUGUCGAUGCAGGAAAAUCAACGCUCAUGGGAAGGUUGCUCUAUGAACUUGGUCGGGUUGACGAGAAACGCAAGGUCGCUAAUGAACGAGCCAGCGACAAAAUUGGCAAAGGUAGCUUCAGCUGGGCUUGGGAGCUUGAUGGCACCUCUGAGGAACGAGAACGUGGAGUUACAAUGGAUGUUGCACUGCAAGUCCUAGAGACGCCGCAUAGAAACAUCACCAUCCUCGAUGCUCCAGGACAUAGAGACUUCAUUCCGAACAUGAUUUCUGGAGCAUCUCAGGCAGACUGCGCGCUCAUCGUCGUAGACGCCUCAACUGGAGAGUUUGAGGCUGGGUUCGAGCGCGGGGGGCAGACUCGCGAGCACUUGGUACUCGUUAGAAGUCUUGGUGUGACCCAGGUGAUCGUGGCCGUCAACAAACUCGACCAGGUCGAUUGGUCGCAAGAUCGUUAUGAUGACAUAUGUUCUCAAUUAAAGGCGUUCCUCGUUCAGUCCGGCUUUCAUCCCUCCAAAACGUAUUACGUUCCUGUUGGCGCUAUGGCUGGCGUUAAUUUGACCAACCGCAAAGGGGCUGAGUCUGCGAUUUUAACUCAAUGGUACAGUGGACCAACUUUGGUUGACCUUCUUGAUAUUCUUCAACCUCCCAUGCGGGAUAUCUCAAGCCCCCUGCGCUUUCCUAUUUCCAAUGUAUUCAAGGGACAAGGCUCUGGCACAGGAGUUUCUGGUAGGAUUUGUGGCGGUGUCGUCCAGGUCGGCGAGCGCCUUCGCAUCUUACCUGGGGAUGAAACGGGCAUUGUGAAGGGCAAUUUGCCAUGCUCAGCCAUCGAGACUGAGACUGAGAACCUGCCGUGGGCGGCAGCUGGCAUGAACGCGACUCUUUAUUUGACGGCUGUAGAUCCCGUCCACCUCAAUAUAGGCAGCGUGUUAUGUCCUCCCACGAACUUGAUUCCACUGGCGACCGUUUUCACCGCACGAAUCAUCGUUUUUGACAUACAAGUCCCCAUCCUUGCUGGAACAUCUGUUGAACUUUUCCACCAUUCGCACGACGUACCUGCUUCCAUCUCGAAACUCAACUCAACACUCGAUCGCGCGACUGGUAUCCCGAUUAAGAAGAAUCCUCGUGUUCUGACGAAGGGAACAUCUGCCGAGGUUCAAAUAACUAUCCGCCCAGGGUCGUUCUCAGGCCCUGCAACACGCGCGCUGCCCAUCCCGCUUGAGCCUUUCUCGGCCAGCAAGGAGAUGGGUCGCAUCUUGAUCAGACGUGGGGGAGAGACCAUCGGGGCCGGGAUUGUACUCGAGAUUCUCGGCUGAUCAUAGGCCGCACCCGAAAUACUUGGCCAGCCAACGAUACAAUGUCCAGCUGUAAAACACGCGUCAGCGUAGAAGGAAUACAUAAAGGAGCCUGCUGGGACUUAGGAAAGAAGUAUAACAUUGUAUACUUAGCCAGAGGGAGAAUGUGUUGCUGUGGGUAGAACUCAAAUGAUGUUUGAUUGAAAUCAUUUC